AUGGAGACACUUCGACUAUCCAUAGAGAAAGCGCGGAGGAAGGUCCAGGGGGUUCCACAACUGUUUUGCUCAAGCUGCAUAGAGCAAUUUACAGCAAAAAAGAUCUUGAAUGCCCCGUGUGGACAUCAAUACUGCCCAUCAUGUCUCCGCCAGAUGGCCUCAGUGUCCCUCGACAGCGUGGAGAUGUUCCCCGUCAAAUGUUGCCGGAAAGAAAUACCAGUCCCAGUAGUUGUGUCGGCGAUGAACUAUCGAAACAAGAAGCGAUAUGUCUCCCAAUCCGAAGAACAAGCCGUUCCUCCUACUGAGCGCAUAUAUUGCCCUCGAGCGUCGUGUGGAAAAUGGAUACACCCAGACAACAAGGGUUCACGCCCGGGUACGAAGUUUUGCUCGAAUUGUCGGGCAAAGGUCUGCUGCGCCUGUCGUGGAUUUGCGCAUGGUCCUUGGCCUUGUGCAGAAGACGAGAGUCUAAUCGCAGUCUUGAGAAUGGCCAAGGCGAGGAAAUGGCAGCGGUGCAAUAAGUGCCAUUUCAUGGUCGAGAAAUUGGAUGGUUGUAACCACAUUGCUUGUAGAUGUGGGCACCACUUUUGCUAUAUCUGUGGUGGUCGUCAGAACAGAUGCAGAUGUCCCACAGAAGAUACCGAAGAGCCGGCCCCAGAUGGAGAUCUUGAUGCCCGUACACUGGUUACUGCAAUGCAGCAAACAAAUCUUGAUGGCGCUCACUAG